UGGCCGAGCCGAUCAGGCUCUUCAACAAGGGGCAGUAAGGGGGGGAGGGGCGGCUGAACAAUGAACCCCCAUCCACGUCGCAUCCGCCUGAAGCCCUGGCUGGUGGCCCAGGUGAACAGCAGCCAGUACCCAGGUCUGCGCUGGGUAGAUCCGGAGCAGAAGAGGUUUUGCAUCCCCUGGCGCCACGCCACCCGUCACAUGCCCUGCCAGGAUGACGAGAACACCAUCUUCAAGGCCUGGGCCAAAGAAACGGGCAAGUACAACGAGGGCGUGGACGAGCCGGAUCCGGCCAAAUGGAAGGCCAACCUGCGCUGUGCCCUCAACAAAAGCCGGGAGUUCAGCCUGAUCUACGACGGGACCAAAGACACCCCGAUGCAGCCCUACAAGAUUUACGAGGUCUGCGACGUACCCCUGCCCAACGGAGAGAGUUUUGCUGGAGAAGAUCCUGCAGGGUGCGAAGAAGAGGAGGAGCUCCAGAAAAUGAUGCCCACCUUAAGGAUUGCAGAUCCGUCGCACGUCGCAGAGCCCCUGCCCCCCUACCCGUGGCUUAAGCAAGAAACCCUCUACACCAACUCAUGCGCUAAUGGGAACUUCCCCCACUUGGCUCCCCCGGAGGUGGGGCCUGGACCCCCGGCCCAUGUCCCCGUAGGGGCCUUCCCGGUAGGAGCAGAGCCUCCGGUGCCCAACUUUGCCGAAUCUGCAAGCCGGAUGCCACUGAUGCCCGAGAGCAUGGCCGUGCCAGGGACCCUGCAGCCCUUACCCGAGGGGGGCUGUCCCGCAGCCCCCAUUGAGCAGUUCAUCCCCAAUUUAUUGAUCAGCCCCCACAUGCUGCCACUGACCGACCUGGAGAUCAAAUUCCAGUACCGCGGACGCCCGGUGGGAGCCCUGACCAUCAGCAACCCGCACGGCUGCCGCCUCUUCCACAGCCACCUGGAGCCCACCCAGGAACAGGUGGAGCUCUUUGGACCGGUGAUCUUGGAGCAGGUGCGCUUCCCCAGUGCCGAGGCCGUCCCCAACGAGAAGCAGCGUUACUACACCCAUCAGUUGCUGGACGUCCUGGACCGGGGCCUGAUCCUGGAACUGCAAGGCCAGGACAUUUACGCCAUCCGGUUGUGCCAGUGUAAAGUCUUUUGGACCGGCCCUUGUGCCGGAGAGUUGGCCGGGCCUAACCCCAUCGAACGCGAGAAGAAAGUCAAGCUCUUUAGCCUGGAGAAUUUCCUCAACGGACUCAUCCUGUUCCAGAAAGGCCAGGCUCCCACGCCUCCCCCCUACGAGAUUUUCUUCUGUUUUGGGGAAGAGUGGCCGGACCAGAAACCGAAGGAGAAAAAGCUGAUCACGGUGCAGGUUGUCCCCGUAGCCGCCCGGCUCCUUUUAGAAAUGUUCUCCGGGGAACUCUCCUGGUCGGCCGACAGCGUCCGCUUGCAGAUUUCGCACCCGGAUCUCAAAGACAAAAUGGUCCUGCAAUUCAAAGAACUUCACCAGCUCUGGCAAAUGCAGCAGAACAUGCCGGAGGGGGCUCCCAGCAGCUGGGAAAUGCAGACCGGGGGCAACGGGAUGCAGCAGUGAGACGCCGAGAGCAUCCCCCAAGACCCACCCCACCCGGUGCCGUUCGGACACCAUCCCACCGGGGCGUGAAAAGUCCGGCAAGGUCUGCCCCACAGAGCCAUUCCUGGGGAAGGGGGCUUUCUUGGCACAGCCCAGCUUCCGGCUUUUGAUGACCUCCGGAGCACGUUUUUAAGAGAAGCACUGGUGGGCGCCCCAGAGGUCACUUAAGAGGAGUUGGGCCGGCCAGUUUCUCCUGCUGCAAAGUAAAAGAAGCGGUGACGCAUCGCUUGGCGGUAUCUGCGUGAAAUGGAAAACUUGAACUCGGAACCGAAGCGGGCUCAGUUCGAAAGAAAGGCGCUCGGCUUCUUGCCAGGAUGGGCGCC